AUGGAGGAGGCGGUGGUGAAGCAGGGCGCGCUCUACCUGCAGCUGCAGCAGACUUUUGGGAAGAAAUGGAAGAAAUUCUGGGGCGUUUUAUACCGGGAAAGCUCCUGCUCCACCGCCCGCCUGGAGCUCUUCGAGGGCUCGGCGCCGCCGGCGGCCGACAAGCUGCGGAGGAGCGAGGGCAGCAGGCGGCUGGUGAAGCUGAGCGACUGCGUGCACGUGGCGGAGGCGAGCGGCGACGCCAGCUGCCCCAAGGACACCGUCCCCUUCCUGCUGGAGACCACCGACAAGCGCUACCUGCUGGCUGCUGAGAGCUCCGAGACGGCCGGCUGGGUGCUGAGGCUCUGCGAGCUCGCCUUCCCGAGGAGCAGGGAGGAGCAGGCAGCGGGGAAGGAUGGGCAGCAGGGCUCGCUGGGCGCCAACGGCGAGUUCUCCAUGGAGGAAAACUCCUUGUACAGCUCCCGGGACAAAGCUGGCUUGGAGAAGGAGUUCGAGGUGAUGGUGAGGGCCACCGAGUCCUCCGAGCGCUGCCGCCUCUGGGGCCGGUUCGUCCUACGAGCAGGGGAGGAAGCCCUGGAGCUGCGGGAUCUCCAGACCAGGGAAAUCCUCUACAGCUGGCCCUACCGCUUCCUGCGGCGCUUCGGCCGGGACAAGGUGACUUUCUCCUUCGAGGCCGGCCGGCGGUGCGCCUCCGGCGAGGGCAACUUCGAGUUCGAGACCCGGCAAGGCAACGAGAUCUUCCAGGUGAUCGAGUCGGCCAUCGAGGCGCAGCGGGGCCGGGGCGCCGAGGAGCCGCGGUGGGGCGGCCCCGGGGACGACGGCCCGCGGCCGCGCGCCCAAGCCAAGGUGCCCAACUGGACGCAGGGCCACGAGGAGCCCGGCGGCGAGCCCCACGGCGGCGGCACCGCCAAGUGCCUCUACACCCAGCCCUGCAACUCCCUCCACCGCGCCACCCCCUCGGGCGCCGGCAAGGCGCCGGAGAAGGGCAGGAGGCAGGACGCCCCGGCCAAUGCGGCGGCCGAAUCCGAAUACGCCGUGCCCUUCGACACCAUCGCCAAGUCCCUGAUGGGCAGGCAGCUCGGCGGCCUCCUCCGCGGCCCCGAGGAGGCUCCGGACCCGCUCUACGACAGCAUCCACGAGGCGGGCGCGCAGCCCCCGCUGCCCCGCGCCUCCGCCGCCAAGCCCGAGCACAUCUACGACGAGCCCGAGGGUCUGUGCGCCCACACCGUCUACGACGAGCCCGAGGAGGUGAAGGGGGAGGCGUGGAGGCUGCAGGCGGCCCCGGAGGAGCCCUCGGGCCACGAGUACCCCUACAACCCGCAGCGGGACGACUACGCCGUGCCCAAGCGAGCCGUCCCGCUCCGGCAACCCUUCGUGGCGCAGGGCAAGGAGUGGCUCGGGGACACCGAGUACGACAACGUGGUCCUCAAGUUUGCCAAGAAGAGGAACCUGCAGUGAGGGGGCAGAGCCGGGGCAGGGGCUGGGGGGGCCGGGGGAGCUCUGCGUGUCCCCCCCCCCCCCCCCCAUAGCCGUGCGCAUCUGGCCAGCUGCGGCCGAGAGGCGCCCGCUGGAGGGCAGUGUCCGCCCGUGGUACGGGCAGAGGAUGGGGCCGGGGUCGCUGCUGGGCACCGGGGCUUUGCCAGCCCCCGCCCCCCCCCCAGCCUCCGGGGGAGAGCCCUGCUCCGGUGCACCGGGCCCCAAACCCUGCUCUGUUCCCCCGGCAGGAGCUCGGGACCCCCCCGGCUCCGUGCGCUCGGGGGCUGGCUGGUGAUGCACGGCCCAGGGAUGAGCAGCGGGUGCUGCCAGGGGUGGGGGGCGAGGGGUGGUCCCAGGGGUGCACGUCCCGUGCUGUGGGGGCUGGAUGGCAAAGCACAGCCCAGAGGGUGCACAUCCUGCACCGCGGCGCUGGCUAGCCGUGCACAAACUGAGGGCGCACACCUCACACCGUAAGGACUGGCUGGCGGAGCACAGCCUCAGGGGUGCACACCCCACCCCACAAGAUCUAGGUGCAUCGCACACUCCAGGGACCCCCUCCCCACCCCAUACUGCACACUCCAGGGAUGCACACCCCACCCCAUAAGAGCUAGGUGGCAUUGCACACUCCAGGGACCCCCUUCCCAUAUUGCACACUCCAGGGACCCCCUCCCCGCCCCAUAUCGCCCACUCCAGGGACCCCCACCCCACACCACGGGGGCUCCCCGAUGCACAUCCCCAGGGCCGUGCACCCUGCUGGAUGUUGCACACCCGCCGUGCAACCGUUCCAGCCCUCCCCCUGCAAACACCCCCGCAUGCCGGUUUCUGUGCACCCACAGGGACGUCAGCACGCCCAGCCCUCGCUGGGACAGGGCCGUGGUCACGCUCAGCACCCCAUCCUGCCGCCCCCACCGUCAGCCAGCGCCGUGCCGGGGCUGGGCACAGCACCUCUCCGAAGGUCGCGCCACGUCCCAGCUCAGCAAAAACAGUGGCAUAAAUUUCCACUGUCUCAGCCGUGUUUUAUCUCGCAUAAAGCCACUUUCCAGCUCCUCUGAAUUAUAGAUGAAAUACUCAGCUUUAUUGUCACGGUGGUUUUAGUGGCUGGCUCCUCUCUGUCCCGUGCAGCAGGACCAGGAUGAGGCCCACCACAGCCUGCCCUGCCCCGGAUCAAUCUGCUCCCACUGCCGGCCACCUCCAGCCCCGCUCAGCCCCUGGGUGCCCUUGGCAGAGACAUCGAGCCCCAGCGAGAGUCACAGGCCCUACCUGCCCCUGCCCACCUCAGCCGUUUCCUCUGUGCUCGCUUAUCUCACGGCAGCAGCUCCGUAUUCAAUUUAUCCUCCUAAUAAAAGCAGCAGGACCUCGCACCAGCCGGCCGCCCCGCGGCGUGCAGCUUUCCUGGCGCGUUGCUGGCCGGAGCUGGGAAUGAAGGGGCAGUGAGAAGGGGACAGGCACGAGCCCCCCCGGGGGGUGACAGCUCUGCUGUGACCUCCCCAUCACGCACACCCCUAAAGGGCUCACAGGGAGGGGAAGAGGAGGUGGUUUGGGGAGGCAGCUGGCUUCACGCACCGCUCACACCGCUGCUUUGGGAGCUGGCCGCACCGUGCCUGGCACCUCCGUGUACAGCCCCCAGCUCCAAGGGGCACAGGGACCCCUGGAAAGGACAUACGGGGAUGGGGCUCUGCACCCCAAGCUGGUGCAAGAGGGCAGCUCCAGGGAGCACAGGGUGAGACAAGUGGCAUGGGGACACUGUGACAGAGGGGCCUCGGGAGGUCCCCGAGCAGGGCUGAAAGGCGCCGGCGCUGGGAGCGCCUUCCCCGCCACCCGGCAGGUCUUCCACUGGAGGCGAAGGAAAGGCAUGAAUUAUUUAUGAUCUCUUUCAAUCAAAUAAAUGGUUAGGUGCUUGAGUUAAUUUCCUGGAUCCUGAAAAUCCAAAGUGCAGACUUUUAAUAAGGCAAAUUAAGUGCUUUAUAUAUUACACUGAUUAAAGCUCCGUAUCAAUCUAUCUAUCACGCCGUGAAUUGGAGGGGCUGGGAAACAACCAGGUCACCGGCAGCCACGCUCCCCUCCGCAGGCAGCAGCGGGCUCAGCUGCCCCACGGGGCUCACGCGGGGCACAGGGAUGCUCCUGCACAAGUUUGCUUAAAACU